CUGCAGAAUGCCGCCGCGCAUGGCGGCAGGACCCGCGACGGGAUCGUCCUGGCAAAGCUGCUGGGCGCAAGGCCCGAGUACAGGGGCCAGGCAAAGGAGAUCAUGGGCGAGAUUGCAGAUAUGGUGGCAGAGAUCAACGGCAUGUCAGCAGAGCAGCAGGGGGCCGCCCUGGCAGAGUACCAGGACGCGGCCAAGCCGGGACCCGGCGAUGCCGCAGGGGACGCCCCCACAGAUGCGGGCUACUCCACCGGGCAGGCGCUUCCGCCCCUUGAGGGCGCGCAGGACGGCGGCGUGGUGACGAGGUUUCCGCCGGAGCCAAGCGGCUACCCGCACAUAGGACACGCAAAGGCCGCCAUCAUAAACGAGUGGUACGUCGACAGGUAUGGCGGAAAGAAGAUCCUCAGGAUGGACGACACCAACCCCGAGGGGGAGCGGCUCGAGUACUAUGCGGCCAUAAAGGUGGGCCUGGAGUGGCUGGGCAUACGGUACGACGUAAUCAAGAACACGUCAGACGACAUGGGGCUGCUGUACGCCAAGGGCGCCGAGAUGAUAAGGACAAACCACGCGUACGUCUGCACAUGCAAGCGGGACGAGAUCAGCAGGAACCGCCAGAGAAAGGCGCCCUGCAGGUGCAGCAGGGCAGAGCCCGGAAAGAACCACGACAUGUGGGAGAGGAUGUUUGAGAAGUACAAGCCCGGCGAGGCCGUUGCCAGGUACCGGGGCGACAUGGGUUCGGAGAACACGGUGAUGAGGGAUCCCAUCAUAUUCAGGAUAAUCGACGCCCGGCACCCCCUGACGCUUGACCGGUACCGGGUCUGGCCGGGUUACGACUUUGCGGUGGCGAUUGAGGACAGCUCCGACGGCGUCACGCACGCCUUCAGGACCAAGGAGUACGAGCUGAGGGACCAACUGUACUGUUCCAUACUGGACGACCUGGGCAUGAGAAAGCCCGUCCUGCUGGAGUUUGCCCGGCUGGAGUUUGAGGGCAUGCCCGUGUCCAAGAGGAUACUGCGGCCGCUGAUCGAGGAGCAAAAGGUCGCGUGGUACGACGACCCGCGGCUUCCCACGCUGGAGGCCAUGAGGAGGCGCGGCAUAAGGCCCGAGGCCAUAAGGAGGUUCAUCCUGUCCCUGGGGUUCACCAAGUCAAACACGCUGGCGCCCUUUGGGGCGCUCGAGGCGUUUAACCGCAAGGCGGUGGAUGCCACAAGCAUCAGGCUGCACAUGGCAAGAAGGCCCACGGAGCUGGCAGUCGGGGGCAUGCCCGCAUCCCCGGUAAGGCUUGCAAACCACCCGUCUGCUGACCUGGGCAGCCGCAUGCUGGCAACCGAUGACACCGUGCUCAUCUCUGGCGACGAUGCGGAGAGCCUAGCCCCGGGAGACUGCAUCCGGCUCAUGGGGCUGGGCAACGUGAGGAUCACAUCCGAAGGCCGCCUGACAGGGGAGUACUCGGGGGACGAGAUGAAGGGCUACCCCAUAGUGCAGUGGGUUCCCCGGAGGGUGGCGCACAAGAUAAAUCUCAUAAUCACCAACCGCCUCUUUGUGGACGGCAAGUUCAACGAGGACAGCCUGGUGGUGGAGGAGGUGGCAGUCGAGCCGCACUAUCUCGAGCUUGCCGACGACACGGAGAUCCAGUUUGUCAGGUUUGGCUACUGCAGGAAGGAGUCCGGGUACCGGGCGAUCAUGACCCACAGGUAG